AGCUGGGACGCCGGUGCAGCCGCAGCGCGCGGAGGAACCCGGGCUGUGCCGGCAGCAGGGCCACGUCCGGACGGGACCGAGAAUCCGCGUAGCGCAUUGCGGCGACCUCGCCUUCCCCGGCCGCGAGCGCGCAGCUGCUCGAAAAGCCGCGGAACCCGAGGACUUUUCUCCGGUCCGAGCUCGGGGCGCCCCACAGAGCGCACGGUACCCGUGCUGCAGUCGGGCACGCCGCGGCGCCGGGGCCUCCGCGGAGCGAUGGAGCCCGGUUUGCAAGGAGCGUGAGACGCCGCCGCCGCGGUCUGGAAAAGAGGGGCACAAGGUCUGGAGACCCCGGGCGGCGGACGGGAGCCCUCCCCCCGCCCCGCCUCCGGGGCACCAGCUCCGGCUCCAUUGUUCCCGCCCGGGCUGGAGGCGCCGAGCACCGAGCGCCGCCGGGAGUCGAGCGCCGGCCGCGGAGCUCUCGCGACCCCGCCAGGACCCGAAAAGAGCCCGGGGGCGGCGGGCCGGAGCCGGGGACGCGGGCACACGCCCGCUCGCGCAAGCCACGGCGGACUCUCCAGAGGCGAAACCUCCACGCCGAGCGAGGGUCAGUUUGAAAAGGAGGAUUGAGCUCACGGUGGAGUAUCCAUGGAGGUGUGGAGCCGUGUCACCAACCUCUAAGUGCAGAACUGGGAUGUGGAGCUGGAAGUGCCUCCUCUUCUGGGCUGUGCUGGUCACAGCCACGCUCUGCACCGCUAGGCCGUCCCCGACCUUGCCUGAACAAGCCCAGCCCUGGGGAGCCCCUGUGGAAGUGGAGUCCUUCCUGGUCCACCCUGGUGACCUGCUGCAGCUUCGCUGUCGGCUGCGGGACGAUGUGCAGAGCAUCAACUGGCUGCGGGACGGGGUGCAGCUGGCAGAAAGCAACCGCACCCGCAUCACAGGGGAGGAGGUGGAGGUGCAGGACUCUGUGCCCGCGGACUCCGGCCUCUAUGCUUGCGUAACCAGCAGCCCCUCGGGCAGCGACACCACCUACUUCUCCGUCAAUGUUUCAGAUGCUCUCCCCUCCUCAGAGGAUGAUGAUGAUGAUGAUGACUCCUCUUCAGAGGAGAAAGAGACAGAUAACACCAAACCAAACCGUAUGCCCGUAGCUCCAUAUUGGACAUCCCCAGAAAAGAUGGAAAAGAAAUUGCAUGCGGUGCCAGCUGCCAAGACAGUGAAGUUCAAAUGCCCUUCCAGUGGGACCCCAAACCCCACACUGCGCUGGUUGAAAAAUGGCAAAGAAUUCAAACCUGACCACAGGAUUGGAGGCUACAAGGUCCGUUAUGCCACCUGGAGCAUCAUAAUGGACUCCGUGGUGCCCUCUGACAAGGGCAACUACACCUGCAUUGUGGAGAAUGAGUAUGGCAGCAUCAACCACACCUACCAGCUGGAUGUCGUGGAGCGGUCCCCUCACCGGCCCAUCCUGCAAGCAGGGUUGCCUGCCAACAAGACAGUGGCCCUGGGUAGCAACGUGGAGUUCAUGUGUAAGGUGUACAGUGACCCACAGCCGCAUAUCCAGUGGCUAAAGCACAUCGAGGUGAACGGGAGCAAGAUUGGUCCAGACAACCUGCCUUAUGUCCAGAUCUUGAAGCAUUCGGGGAUUAAUAGCUCGGAUGCGGAGGUGCUGACCCUGUUCAAUGUGACAGAGGCCCAGAGCGGGGAGUAUGUGUGUAAGGUUUCCAAUUAUAUUGGUGAAGCUAACCAGUCUGCGUGGCUCACUGUCACCAGACCUGUGGCAAAAGCCCCUGCCCGCCGGCCCCAUUUCUCCAUGCCGCUCACCGCCCGCAUGCUCGGAUGGGCCAAUGGCUGCCAGCGUCUGGUGAAGGGUCGUAACCAGCCGUCAUCUUCUCAGACUGCUGGAGUUAAUACCACCGACAAAGAGAUGGAGGUGCUUCACUUAAGAAAUGUCUCCUUUGAGGACGCAGGGGAGUAUACGUGCUUGGCGGGUAACUCUAUCGGACUCUCCCAUCACUCUGCAUGGUUGACCGUUCUGGAAGCUCUGGAAGAGAGGCCGGCGGUGAUGACCUCGCCCCUGUACCUGGAGAUCAUCAUCUAUUGCACAGGGGCCUUCCUCAUCUCCUGCAUGGUAGGGUCGGUCAUCGUCUACAAGAUGAAGAGUGGCACCAAGAAGAGCGACUUCCACAGCCAGAUGGCUGUGCACAAGCUGGCCAAGAGCAUCCCUCUGCGCAGACAGGUAACAGUGUCUGCUGACUCCAGUGCGUCCAUGAACUCUGGGGUUCUUCUGGUUCGGCCAUCACGGCUCUCCUCCAGUGGGACUCCCAUGCUAGCAGGGGUCUCUGAGUAUGAGCUUCCUGAAGACCCUCGCUGGGAGCUGCCUCGGGACAGACUGGUCUUAGGCAAACCCCUGGGAGAGGGCUGCUUUGGGCAGGUGGUGUUGGCAGAGGCCAUCGGGUUGGACAAGGACAAACCCAACCGUGUGACCAAAGUGGCUGUGAAGAUGUUGAAGUCGGACGCAACAGAGAAAGACUUGUCAGACCUGAUCUCAGAAAUGGAGAUGAUGAAGAUGAUCGGGAAGCAUAAGAAUAUCAUCAACCUGCUGGGGGCCUGCACGCAGGAUGGUCCCUUGUAUGUCAUCGUGGAGUAUGCCUCCAAGGGCAACCUGCGGGAGUACCUGCAGGCCCGGAGGCCCCCAGGGCUGGAAUACUGCUACAACCCCAGCCACAACCCAGAGGAGCAGCUCUCCUCCAAGGACCUGGUGUCCUGCGCCUAUCAGGUGGCCCGAGGCAUGGAGUAUCUGGCCUCCAAGAAGUGCAUACACCGAGACCUGGCCGCCAGGAAUGUCCUGGUGACAGAGGACAAUGUGAUGAAGAUAGCAGACUUUGGCCUUGCACGGGACAUUCACCACAUCGACUACUAUAAAAAGACAACCAACGGUCGACUGCCUGUGAAGUGGAUGGCGCCCGAGGCAUUGUUUGACCGGAUCUACACCCACCAGAGUGAUGUGUGGUCUUUCGGGGUGCUCCUGUGGGAGAUCUUCACUCUGGGUGGCUCCCCGUACCCUGGUGUGCCUGUGGAGGAGCUUUUCAAGCUGCUGAAGGAGGGUCACCGCAUGGACAAGCCCAGUAACUGCACCAACGAGCUGUACAUGAUGAUGCGGGACUGCUGGCAUGCAGUGCCCUCACAGAGACCCACCUUCAAGCAGCUGGUGGAAGACCUGGACCGCAUCGUGGCCUUGACCUCCAACCAGGAGUACCUGGACCUGUCCAUGCCCCUGGACCAGUACUCCCCGAGCUUUCCCGACACCCGGAGCUCUACAUGCUCCUCAGGGGAGGAUUCCGUCUUCUCUCAUGAGCCGCUGCCCGAGGAGCCCUGCCUGCCCCGACACCCAGCCCAGCUUGCCAAUGGCGGACUCAAACGCCGCUGACUGCCACCCACAUGCCCUCCCCAGACUCUACCGUCAGCUGUAACCCUCACCCACAGCCCCUGCCAGGCCCACUGCCUGUCCGUCCCUGUCCCCUUUCCUGCUGGCAGGAGCCCGCUGCCUACCGGGGGCCUUCCUGUGUGACCUGCCUUCACCCCGCUCAGCUCACCUCUUCCUCUGCCUCCUCUCCACCUGUUGGUGAGAGGUGCAAAGAGGCAGAUCCUUGCUGCCGGCCACUUCAUCCCCUCCCAGAUGUUGGACCAAGACCCCUCCCUGCCACCAGGCACUGCCUGGAGGGCGGGGAGUGGGAGCCGAUGAACAAUGCAAGUGAGAGCUUCCUGAGCUUUCUCGUGUCGGUUUGGUCGUUUCGCCUUAACCCGUAAGCCCCUUGCACUCUGGUGGCAGGUGCCUUGUCCUCAGGGCUACAGCGGUAGGGAGGUCAGUGCUUCGAGCCUCGAUCGAAGGUGACCUCUGCUCCAGAUGGGUGGUGCCCGUGGCUUACUAAUCCCGAUACUAGUUUGCUUUGCUCACCAAAUGCCUGGUACCAGAGGAUGGUGAGGUGAAGGCCAGGUUGGGGGCAGUGUUGUGGCCCUGGGGCCCAGCCCCGAACUGGGGGCUCUGUACAUAGCUAUGAAGAAAACACAAAGUGUAUAAAUCUGAGUAUAUAUUUACAUGUCUUUUUAAAAGGGUCGUUACCAGAGAUUUACCCAUCGGGUAAGAUGCUCCUGGUGGCUGGGAGGCAUCAGUUGCUAUAUAUUAAAAACAAAGAAAAAAGAAAAAAAAGGAAAAUGUUUUUAAAAAGGUCAUAUAUUUUUUGCUACUUUUGCUGUUUUAUUUUUUUAAAUUAUGUUCUAAACCUAUUUUCAGUUUAGGUCCCUCAAUAAAAAUUGCUGCUGCUUCAUUUUUCUAUGGGCUGUGUGAAAAGGGUGGGAAUGUCCACUGGAAAGAAGAGACACCCACAGGCCCUGGGGCUAGGUCUGUCCCGAGGGCACUGCACGCUCCUGGCGCAGGUUCCUUGUAACCUCUUCUUCCUAGGUCCUGCACUCAGACCUCACGACGCGCCUCCUGCCUCUCCGCUACUUUUGGAAAGUCAGAAAAAGAAGAUGUCUGCGUCGAGGGCAGGAACCCCAUCCAUGCACUAGACGCGCUGGGCGGAGAGUCAAGGCCCAGCAGCCAACCACCAUGGAUGGUUUCCUCCAAGGAAACCGGUGGGGUUGGGCUGGGGAGGGGGCACCUACCUAGGAAUAGCCACCAGGUAGAGCUAAAGUGAUUAAGAGGUAGCCAAGGGCACAGUUGCUCACACCUGUAAUCCCAGCACUUUGGGACGCCGAGGUAGGCAGAUCACUUAAGGUCAGGAGUUCGAGACCAUCCUGGCCAACUUAGUGAAACCCCAUCUCUACUAAAAAUAUAAAAAUUAUCCAGGCAUGGUGGCACGCGCCUGUAAUCCCAGCUCCACAGGAGGCUGAGGCAGGAGAAUCCCUUGAACCUGGGAGGCGGAGGUUGCAGUGAGCUGAGAUUGUGCCAUUGCACUCCAGCCUGGACGACAGAGAAAACAGAAAGGAAAGCAAAUGAUGAAGGUCUGCAGAAACUGAAACCCAGACAUGUGUCUGCCCCAUCUGUGUGGGCGUGGUUUUGCCGGUGCUUGUAACUGCAGGAGAACAUGUCACCUGAGGCUAGUUCUGCAUUCAGGUCCCUGGCUUCGAUUCUUGUUGGUAUUCCUCCCCAGAUCGUCCUUCCUGUAUCCUUGUGACCAGACUGUAUUUAUUGGGACUGUCACAGAUCUUGGCUUCUUACAGUUCUUCCUGUCCAAACUCCACCCUACCCCUCAGGAAGGGGGGAAAAUUCUCCGAAUGCUUUUGUUUUUUUGGCUGCUUGGAAUUUACUUCUGCCACCUGCUGGUCAUCACUGUCCUCACCAGGCGGAUUCUGGCUCCCUGGUACCUCAUGGCUCAAACUACCACUCCUCAGUCGCUAUAUUAAAGCUUACAUUUUGCUGGAUUACUGCUAAAUACAAAAGAACGUUCAAUAUGUUUUCAUUUCUGUAGGGAAAAUGGGAUUGCUGCUUUAAAUUUCUGAGCUAGGAUUUUUUUUGGCAGCUACAGUAUCGGUCACUAUUGUAAAAUUAUCUUUGUUUCUCUCUGUAAAUACGCACCUGCUAACAUUACAAUUUGUAUUUAUGUUUAAAGAAGGCAUUUGGUGAACAGAGCUGGGAAAUGAAUUUUUAGCUCUUAAAAGCAUUUGCUUUGAGACCACACAGGAGUGUCUUUCCUUGUAAAACAGUGAUGAUAUUCUGCUUUGGACCUACCUUGAAGCAAUGUUGUGUGAAGGGAUGAAGACUCUAAAAGGCUUCAUAAGCCCUUGGGAGAGGUGCUAGAAAAAUAUAUGGCACUAUCA